AUGGACUUGGACCUGGACGCGACCAACGAACCCUCACCCAUUCCUCGUGCUCCGGAAAGGCCAUUACCCCCAGUUGUAUUCUAUUCUGUCGAGUAUCCAGGUUAUGUCAAGCCCACCUCCGUUCAGUUGGCUGUCAGCAAUCUCGGAGGUCAAGACAAACUUGACCAAGUUUUCAAGCGAACUACCCAGAGGGCAGAUGCCCUUGUCGAAGUCUCUUUACGGCCAGGAAAUCCUUUUGCUCACCCCAUCCCAGGAGACGUGGUGAACGCGAACAAUCUUCUCUUGAAAGUGGUAAAGAGAAAACGGAAGGCCCCAUCUGGUGCACCACCUUCCGAUGGCGCAGCUGGAGAAUAUACUGCUAAACUGGUCGGUGUUCUCUCCAAAACUGUCCGAUUCAGAAGCAUGGCGGACUACCAAUACUUCCCAGACAUGAACGAUCCAGUGUCGAAAUUGAGAUUGGCGAUGGAUGAGAUGGACGCUAACUUCUUGGGAUCGUAUCAAAUACCACAUGAGCCUUCCGAAGCGACCCCUUCGCCAGCACCACAGACCGUUGACAACGACAUCGACAUGAAUCUUGACCCGGAACUAUUAGGCAUGUCGGAGAGUGCAAAGGACGGGGCAGGGCCUUCGAGAAGCACCCUUCGUCUGUUCCCGCCACCAUUAUUUAGCAGGCAAACCAUUCCUCAGAAUUACAACUUCAAGGCAAACAGCGCGUCCAUGAUAUCCACAACAAUAGAUGAGGAAACCGGAGAAGAACGAAAACGAAUCAUAAAUAAAAUGAGGUGGAAGGGGUAUGGACCUGCCUCAAUUAUGUUCGACGAUCCCCGCGUUCCAGAUAAGCCUCCUCAGGCGGUCGAAGAAGGCAGAGGGCAGAUUGACCAGGCACUACUCAAGAAACUCGAGAGUCUUUUCCAACAGCGGCCAGUCUGGACUCGAAUGUCCUUGUUCAACCAGUGCUCCACAGCGGAAAAUAGAGAGAUUCUAAACUCAAAAUUGCUACUCCCUCUGUGUUGCUACGUCUUUCAAGAUGGUCCAUGGCGCGACACUCUUGUGAGAUUUUCGUAUGACCCUCGCAAGGAUCCUGAUUCGCGAUUUUAUCAGCGCCUAUACUUCCGAAAUGCGAAUCAUCCAAUAUCGCGUCCAUCGGUCACCACACGUCGACAUGAUCGCUACGGCGAGCUGCGACUGGACAGGGACGCCGAGAGGAAAACUUCCCAUAUUUUCGACGGCACAACGCUGACAAAAGAAACUGCCGCUUUUCAACUGUGCGAUAUUGUCGACCCAAUGCUGAAGAGCAUGAUUGAGCGCCCUGACGCCCUGCGAGAGACUUGCCAUGAAAGAGAUGGAUGGUUUUUAAGCCAUGCAUUUGAACAAAUCAAGACGGUUCUGCGUCAUAAAUUCUUCUCUCUAUUGGAGGGGCAUCCUGCCACGGACGAGGAGUGUCGUGCUCUGCUUGUCGCGAGCGAAGGUGCGGCUGCGAAAGCGUCCUUAGCCCAUCGAAGCUCCAAGUUGAGGGCGGGUAGGCACAACAUGGCGAAAGGAGCCAUGUCUCAAGAAGAAGCUGCUGCAUUGCGUCUAAGGGCAACGCUUGAUCGCAACAUGAAAUCCUUUCAGUCGCAGCGCUAA